GGACAUGAUCGGUUGUGAGUGACAUAUUAAAAUGAGGUCCUACUGUACGUUUUACUGUACAUACUGUAUUGUGACUAUUUCCCCAGCAUCUGUGUAUAGUACACUUAAUAAACUAAUGUCAUAAUUAAAACAAUAAUAAUGUUAUUUUGUUAUAGAGUGUAAUAACAUAGUUACUACCAACGCCUCUCUCAUCUCUGAGAGGGACAUAGUAGCUACGUUAUUUACGUCAUUUAUUUGAUGUCUGUUGGCUUGGCUCCAGCAUCUUUGUGUCACGCGCUGUACCUGUCAACUCAACUGAAGCAUCGUUAUAAUCGGCUACUUCAUGAGAAAGUUUCACUAGUAGCUAGCUAGCUAUGUUUCAUAAAAACUCAACAACUGUCACCUCUUUUAUACUGUUAGAUACAUUUCAAAAGUGCUGAUAAAAUACAUGGCCUAAUAGAGUACAUUUUUUCUGUCUGAUUUUACUGGACAAAAUGAAUUGGGUCGGUGGUUCAAGGUAAGUUUGACAGCUAGCUAGCUAACGUUAACUUGCUAAACUAACGUUAGCACUUGUACAUAUGUUCUUUUUGACAGUCUGGGUGGAACGAGUUUUAGAAAACCUUGUUAGCAAAUAUUCAACAUGAACUUUCUCUUUCUUUGACAAAUAACAUUAGAACUAUAACAUAACUGUUACUAUUUAACAAAAAUAUUCUACUGAACCCCUUUUAAAAAUAUUAUAUUGACCCCAUUUUAAAUAGCAAUUUUAACUUGAUUUUCCAUUAUAAAUAUUCAGGAACCGGUUUAUGAUGAGAAAUGACAUGAAAAAGCAGAGGGUAAGUUAAACCCACAGUGGCCUUAAAUAAGGUCCCAUAUUGUAUACAUUAUAAUACAGUAUACACUACCGUUCAAAAGUUUGGAGUCACUUAGAAACAGACGCCUCACAAGUUGUCAACUGGCAGCUUCAUUUAAUAGUAACUUACCUGCAAAAUACCAGCGUGAAGAGGCGACUCCGGGAUGCUGGCCUUCUAGGCAGAGUUCCUCAGUUCAGUGUCUGUUCUUUUGCCCAUCUUUUAUUUUUAUUGUCCAGUCUGAGAUAUGGCUUUUUCUUUGCAACUCUGCCUAGAAGGCCAGCAUCCCAGAGUUGCCUCUUCACUGUUGACGUUGAGACUGGUGUUUUAUGGGUGCCAUUUAAUGAAGUUGCCAGUUGAGGACUUGUGAGGUGUCUGUUUCUCAAACGAAUGCACUUGUCCUCUUGCUCAGUUGUGCACCGGGGCCUCCCACUCCUCUUUCUAUUCUGGUUAGAGCCAGUUUGCGCUGUUCUGUGAAGGGAGUAGUAUACAGUGUUGUACGAGAUCUUCAGUUUCUUGCCAAUUUCUCACAUGGAAUAGCCUUCAAUUCUCAGAACAAGAGUAGACUGAUGAGUUUCAGAAGAAAGUUCUUUGUUUCUGGCCAUUUUGAGCCUGUAAUCGAACCCACAAAUGCUGAUGCUCCAGAUAUUCAACUAGUCUAAAGAAGGUCAGUUUUAUUGCUUCUUUAAUGAGCACAACAGUUUUCAGCUGCGCUAACAUAAUUGCAAAAUGGUUUUCUAAUGAUCAAUUGGCCUUUUAAAAUUAUAAACUUAGAUUAGCUAACACAAUGUGCCAUUGGAGCACAGGAGUAAUGGUUGCUGAUAAUGGGCCUCUGUAUGCCUAUGUAGAUAUUAGAUUAAAAAAUCUGCAGUUUUCAGCUACAAUAGUCAUGUACAACAUUAACAAUGUCUACACUGUAUUUCUGAACAAUUUGAUGUUAUUUUAAUGGACCUAAAAUGUGCUUUUCUUUCAAAAACAAGGACAUUUCUAAGUGACCCCAAACUUUUGAACGGUAAUGUAUGUGACAUGAUAAUACAUACGCCAACAUUUUAUCAGGAAUUCUUUGAAAAGACAAAAAUGCAGAGAAAGAUGAAAACAUUAGGAAUACCAACCUCUCCUAAAGGAGCCAGUUCUGGAAGUAUGGACCUAGUGACUUUAUUCAUAGUAAACCAGAUUGCUGCAAAGAAAGAAAACAAUGAUCAGCCAAAGAUAACUCACAUCACUGAUGAUAAAGGAGGACCCAAGUCGAUGAGGGAGGGGCCCCUGGAGUUACCCAUGAGCCCUUGCUCCCCAUCACGGCUUUCCCUUGUGGAGAGCCAGCCUUUGUACAGUAUCCAGGCUGCUAGAAAGAGAAAGCACUGCAUUCCUGAUCGAUUCAAGUGUAGACAGCUCUCACCAGUGCUGGAGUCGAACAUGUCAGACACCAGUACGUCAGACUACCAGCAACGCAUCCAGGACACCCUGAGCCCCUUCUGCUCGGCAUCAUCGUCAGUCUCCCCCUCAGGGGCAGGCCUGUUCUCCCUCCAGCAGAGAGCACAGGUCCAGCCACAGCUACACUGCUCCCCUAGACCCCCCUGGGAUACCUCCACCUCAGAGCAACUACAGUUUAGACCUUUCUCUCAGCCAGGAGGGAGGAGAGAGUGUUCCCCGUGGGCCACAGGACCAAGUGGACCCAAACAGCAGCUGAACAUGGCCCCCCCUGUGUCCAGAGUACGGUUUGGAGGCACAGAGCCUGAUAGCACAGACACCAGAGACCAUGUCAUGCACGCAGUGGGGUUCUCUAUCAACCAAUCGGAGGGCAAAGACCACACCUUGGCGUUCUCUCUCAAAGAUCAGACAAUGAAGUUCUCUCUCAACCAAAUAGAGAGUGAAGAGCAACACGAGAAAGCACUCUUCGGGGCCUGUAGUAAUGAGGAAUAUGGAAGUGAAGCUAAUUUUAAGAAGGGGAUGUCUAAGAUAUAUCUCAAGGAGGAAGUACCAACGUCUUCUAGAGAUGUGAAUGAAUCACAGAGCCAAGACCCUGAACCUGAUUUUCUGACUCAGGUUUCCAACUGCACUGAUGUCAGCUCAUCUUGUCCUGGAAACACUCAUAAUGGUCCUAAGGAAUGCUUUGAAUCAUCGCCCAGUUACUCUCCAAGAGGAGGCUACUUUAGUUCAGACUCUGAUGAUGACGAGGUGGAGGAUUAUCACCAGUCUCACCAGGGUGGAUCCUCACAGUCACAUACAGUGAGGUCCUGUAGUGAAGAGUUCCCUGUCCUCAGCCAAGGCUCAUCACAUUGGAACACACAACAACUGGGUCACCCUCAGUCUCAACCCAGACCUUACACCCCACCCACUAGGCCUCAAUGCACAGGGAACUGUGGAAACGACCAGAGAGAUCAUAGAGACCAGAGAGUUUUGGAGAGCUUUGGCUACACUGAGAGACGGUCAGGCUGUGUAGUUACAGAUGACAGUAGCAGCCAGGUUAGGGUUAUAAGUGAUCAGUAUGUCCCAUAUUGUCCUCUGUCUGAAUCACAGUGCUCUGAGGUUCACCAACAAAAGAUGGAAGCCACCGGAACACGAGAAACACAAACACGAGAAAUGGGAACACAGACUGUCGCCAACAUCACCUCGAAAUGUCCAACAUCGGACGUUUCAACUCAGUGCAAUUUUGGACUGGAGUGUAAAGAGAACAACCUCAUGGACUCUGAAUCCCACAAGUCUGCUUACAAUGUAAUACCGACCCCAACUACCAGAGGGCAGGCAAGUCACAGAGAUGAGUCUAUGAGACAACAGACACACAGAGCAUUAUCAGACAGAUCCAGGAGGGAGGGAGAAGAGCAAACGCCCUGGAGAAAAUCAACAGCCAGAGAGCUUAAGGCUGGACCUGGGCACCAUCCAUCAAUCAUCCCUUCUAACAAGUGUCGUAACACUAACACUGAGAGUAGAGUGUGUAUUCAGAGACCCACUUCCUCUAUACUAGAUGCUCUCCUCAUCACCAAUGAUGUAAAAGACUUGAGAGAUGAGCAGCUGCAGCAUAGAGGACAGGGAGAUGAAAGAGAGGUCCUGGACCCUGUUGAGAAUGUUCCUCUUAGAGAAAACCUUCCAGAUGACAAAGAGGAGAAACGGAGUGGGAGUGCAGAGGAGAGGGAGGAGGUCACUGCUGAGAGCGGAGUUAACAGGCUUUCAGAGGAGGUUGAGACACUUCAGGAAAUAGCAGACAUUCUGCUCAUGCUGAAGCAGAGGAAAAAAGAUUAGAGGUGGGAAGGACAGGAGAGGAGGGUAUCCCUUUAAGAGUUGUGAACAAUACUAGCAACUACAUUCCUUUACCACAGAAUCUGUUUCUGCAUAUUUAAAGAUUUAUAACAAUGUCCUUGGGAUUCUACAUUAAAACGAAAGCCAGACAUUGCAAGAUAAUUCGU